GUUCGAGUGUGUUCGAGUAUCGGAGAGUAUCGAGUACUUAGCUGCCGUCUAUCGAUGCUUCAACAAUUCUGAAUUUUUCCUGGAAUAAAGCAUGCCAUAAAAUGCAACAUUUGUGAGACUUAAAAAAAGGGUAUAAAAGUCCGGGAUCCAGGCACAUAUUUCUCAUUCAGUUUUUGUGUGCCAUACGGACACCAGCUCUCGGAAAAUUCCUAGAAAAUAAAUUGGGAAUACAAAUUUGACAAUCAGAAAACAAAACAAAGUGCAAGAGCAUCGAACCAUAAUGGAUGCACAACCGAGUGAGCGUCCCCAAGUGGCCCGAGUGGCGGCCAACACCGUUCCGGCUGCCGUAAAGGUGGAGGAGCAGAAUCUCGACACGUAUACCGCUGAGGAGAGCAAAGUUGUCGAGGAGUUGCGUGAAGUGUUCAUGGAUACCAUCGAGCUGGACAUCCAGAUGCAGCGUGACAUCUACCAUCUGGAGAUGAAGUACCAGCUGAAGUACCAGGAGCUCUUUGAUCAGCGCAAGAAGCUGCUGGAUGCGAUCCGCAAGCAGUACCAGCCGCAUGGCCAGGUCACCAGCCAGCUGCAGAUCUUCUGGCUGCUGGUGCUGAAGUCCUCCUACGCCAAUUUCAUCAACGACAAGGACGAGCAAAUACUGAUGUACUUGAACAACGUCAGUGCACGGAUGUUUAGCGAGCCAGCUCGAUUUGAAAUCUACUUCCAUUUCGACAAGAACCCGUACUUCUCAAACGAUGUGCUAUCGAAAACAUACUACCUGAAGUGCGAGCCCGAUGCAGAGAGUCCCCUCCUGUACGAGGGCGCUGAGAUCGUCAAGUCCAAGGGCUGCUACAUCGACUGGACUGAUGGGCCCUGCAGCUCCAAUGAGGAGGAGGCCAACUCCUUCUUCGAUCUAUUCAAUCCGCCGCAGCUGCCCGAAAGCAUGGACGAUCCCACAUACGCCGAAGUCUAUGCGACGCUCCAGAGCGACUUCCAAAUGGGCUUCUACAUUAAGGAAAGAGUAAUACCGAAGGCCAUUAUCUUUUUCACACGCGAGAUACACGACUGUCAGACUCCGAUCAGCACAUCGGACUUAGACUCGGACGACGACGACGACGACGGCGACGACGACCUUGGAGACGAUCUUGGAGCAGCGAGCGAGGAGUCUUCCGCCAUAGAUGACGGCGAGGAGGAGGAGGAGGAGGAUAAAUCCGCAGGCACAGAUAAUUAAGUGCACUGCCACUCCACA